AUGAAAAUCUGCAUGUGGAAUGUAAGGGGGGAAAACAGGAACUUGUUUUUAUCGCAUGCAAAAGAAAUUGUUUUUAAUCAAAAUCCUGAUAUUUUCAUUUUUCUUGAAACGAAAGCUGAUGGCUCUAGGGCUAGAGAAACAAUGCUGGCUCUUAAAUUUUCAGAUUUUAGGGUGGUUAGACCAAUUGGGACUAGAGGGGGUAUUUGGAUGUUUUGGAAAAAAACUGUUGAUAUGGUGCUUUUUGAUGCUGAAAACACUUAUUUCCAUUCCCUCUUUCACUUUAAAAAUUUGGGAAAAGAAGGUUUAGUUACUGCUAUGCAUGCCCCUAGUUCUUCCAAGGAGAAACACCAUCACUGGAAUUCGAUCCGUUCAAAUUUGCCACCAAAGAAUAUACCCUGGCUUGUUUUGGGAGAUAUGAAUGAAAUUACUAGCCAGUCUGAGAAAAUGGGAGGUCGUCCUUUUCGUGUGAAUCAAGGAAAAGAUAUGUUGAAUUUUAUGGAUGAAGCUGGGCUGGUGGAUUUGGGUUUUAAUGGUUCUCCAUUCACUUGGACUAAUGCACGAGAUGGCCACAACCUCAUUCAAGAGAGACUUGAUCGUGCCUUAGCUAAUUCGCCAUGGAUGGAGGCUUAUCCCCACACUAAGGGAAGAGAAGCAUUUCUAAGGUCUAUUUCUGUUUGGAAUCAUAAUGUUUUUGGCAACUUAAAAAAACAAAAAAAAGAAUUGUUAGCUAGAAUAGAUGGAAUUCAAAUUGCUUUAGGUAAAAAGUAUUAUGAUUAUUUGGUAAAUUUAGAAAAGAUUUUACUUCAGAGGCUUAAUGAUAUCUUAAAUAAAGAACGAUUGAUUUGGGCUCAAAAGUCAGGCAUGAAUUGGAGAAAAUAUGGUGACUAUAAUACCAAAUACUUUCACAUGAUUGCUAAUAUUAAGAAAUCAAGAGGGAAAAUUCUAACCUUAAAAAAUAAUGAGGAUGUGUGGAUUACAGACGAAGAUCAACUUAAAACUAUGGCUACUGAUUAUUUUCAAAAUCUUUUUACUACUACUAAAUUGAGUGGUAAUUUAUUUUGUCAUACUCAUAGCAAUUUUUCAAUUAAUCAUGAGGAAAACAAUGCUUUAGGUUCUAUAAUUACUAUGGAUGAGGUUCAUAGCAAUCUUUUUGCUAUGGACCCGAUUAAAAGUCCGGGUCCAGACGGAAUUCAACCUAUUUUCUUUCAGAAACAUUGGGCCAAAUUAGGUCACAUUAUCUAUGAUUUUUGCAAUUCUUGCUUUUGCAAUGGAAAAAUCCCCGAAGAUAUUAAUCGCUCUUAUAUUGCCCUUAUUCCAAAAAAUGCUUGCCCUUCUACUAUUGCUGAAUUUAGGCCCAUUGGUUUAUGCAAUACUAUUUAUAAACUUAUCACCAAGAUUAUAUCUUCGAGAUUAAAAACUAUUCUAGGUCGUAUUAUCAGUCCGUUCCAAUCUAGUUUUAUUCAUGGUCGUGGUAUAGAAGAUAAUGUGAUCCUCGUGAAAGAAAUGGCUCAUCAUUUCCAUAAGAAAUCUGUAAUAAUUAAGCCUUCUAGGGGAAUUCGUCAGGGAGAUCCUCUCUCUUCUUACAUUUUUGUAUUAUGUCUUGAUAGAUUAUCUACUCUCAUCGAGAAUGCGGUUCAUUCUAACAACUGGAAACCUAUUGCUAUCACUAAAACUAUCAGGAUCUCUCAUGUUUUUUAUGCUGAUGAUGUAUUCCUUUUUAGCAUUGCCACUAAGGACUAUUUAGAUCAGAUUAUGAAUACAUUGAAUGAAUUUGGUCAAAUUUCUGGAUUAAAAAUUAGUAUGAGUAAGUCCACUCUUAUUUUUCCGGCUAAUCUUCACCACUCUAUAAGAGAGGACAUUGCAGGAGAUUAUGGUUUUAAAAUUUCUUCUUCGUUUGGGAAAUACUUAGGGGUGGACAUUAGGCCUAACAAGUUGAAAAUUUCAAACUAUCUAGCUCUCUUGGAUAAAUCUAUGGAAAGAGUGAGAGGUUGGCAAGCAAAAUUACUAAAUAUGGCAGGUAGAUGUACCCUUAUUAAGUCAGUGUUAAAUUCAUAUCCUCUUUAUGACAUGCAAACUAAUAUUUUACCUACUUCCAUUACCUCUGCUCUGGAUAAAUGUUGUAGGAAAUUUUUAUGGAACAAGGUAGAUAGAAACAGAUAUAUGGCUAGGCUUUCUUGGGAAAAAGUUACCAGACCUAUCAAUAUGGGAGGUCUGGGAAUUAGAAGAUUAAAAGAAUGGAACUUGGCUUUCAUGGCCAAAUUGGGUUGGACGAUCUUAACUAAUUCAGAUAAACUAUGGGUCAAAAUUUUAAAAGAAAAAUAUCUUAAACACUCCAAUUUCUUAAACUGUUUUGCUAAUAAUUCUCAUUCUCCUUUAUGGAGGGAUAUUCUCAAAGGUCGUUCCAUUCUUGAGCAAGGAAUCAUGAUAGGAAUUGGAAAUGGAAAUUCAACUUUUUUAUGGUAUCACCAUUGGGUGGGUGAUCAACCCUUGUAUAAAACUGAGGAACAAAGUGGUUUUUGA